AUGGCCCCAUCUGCCACCGUGACGGUGACCGAGACAGCUCCUGUCCCUCUACCGGUGCGGUCUUUGAAGAAGCCGACGCACUUCGGCGCCUACAAAGAGCUUGGGGCAAGCAGCCUGGACAAGGAGGCCGAGCUCAAUGGCAAGGCAGAUUUCGACGCGGCAAAGUACCCUCAUUACCUUCCAACCUGGAACCCAGAGCAGAAAUACCCUCCCCUAGAGCCCUUUGAGCAUUACGAGCACGGCAAAGACGCCGACACUUCAUACCCAGACUUGUUACCGCAAGGUUCAACUGUGACAAAUCUUACCCCGUCCAUCGGCACAGAGGUUAGAGGAGUCCAGCUGAGUUCCUUAAGCAAUGCCGGCAAGGACCAGCUUGCACGCUUCGUGGCCGAGCGCAAAGUGGUCGCAUUCCGGGCCCAAGACUUUGCGGAUCUUCCGAUCUCAGAAGCCUUAAAGUUUGGCGAGUAUUUUGGCCGCCACCACAUUCACCCAACGUCUGGGUCUCCGGAAGGGCACCCCGAAGUUCAUUUGGUACAUCGCGGCGCUGGUGACGAGGGCGCUGAGAAGUUCUUCGAGUCACGCACAAGUUCUGUUGCGUGGCAUUCGGAUGUUUCGUAUGAGCAGCAGCCCCCAGGCACCACCUUUUUGUACAACCUGGAUAUCCCUGAGACGGGCGGCGACACCCUGUUUGCCAACUGUGUCGAAGCAUAUGAAAGACUGAGCCCUCUGUUCCAAGAGCGUCUCCAUGGAUUGAAGGCGACACAUUCGGGCAUUGAACAAGUCAAUGCUUCAAUGGCAAGAGACGGCAUCAAGCGCCGAGAGCCUGUCGUGAAUGAACACCCGAUCGUCCGGACGCAUCCUGCAACCGGAGAGAAGGCGCUAUACAUUAAUCCACAAUUUACUCGCGACAUUGUCGGCCUCAAGAAGGAAGAGUCAGAUGCCAUCUUGAAGUUCCUGUAUGAUCAUAUCGCUUAUGGUGCAGAUUUCCAUGCACGCGUCAAAUGGGAGGAGGGCACAGUCGUUGUGUGGGACAACCGUGUAACCCAGCAUUCAGCAUUGGUGGACUGGAAGAACAAGCAACGAAGGCACCUGGCCCGCAUUACGCCACAAGCCGAGAGACCGUAUGAGACGCCAUUUUAA